AUGGCGGCAUUGUCCUUUUCGGUGGCUUCGGUUGUGGAGGAUGUGCUACAACAGCAUGGCACUCGUCACAAAGAUCUUGAUUUGGAAUCUAGGAAAGCAGAAGAAGCUGCAUCCAGAAGAUAUGAAGCAGCAGGGUGGCUGAGAAAAAUGGUUGGAGUUGUUGCAGCUAAAGAUUUGCCAGCAGAGCCCUCGGAGGAAGAGUUUAGGUUUGGUUUAAGAAGUGGGAUUAUCCUCUGCAAUGUUAUUAAUAAGGUUCAACCUGGAGCUGUACCCAAGGUUGUGGAGAGUCCUGUUGAUUCUGCACUGAUCCCCGAUGGGGCACCUUUAUCGGCAUAUCAGUAUUUUGAAAAUGUGAGGAAUUUCCUGGUGGCUGUUCAAGAAAUUGGACUUCCUACCUUUGAGGCAUCUGAUCUGGAACAAGGAGGAAAAUCAUCCAGGAUUGUGAACAGCGUCUUAGCCCUUAAAUCCUAUUGUGAAUGGAAACAGACGGGGGCAAAUGGUGUGUGGAAAUUUGGCGGAACUCUCAAACCCACUAUCUCUGCAAAAUCUUUUGUGAGAAAAAACUCGGAGCCAUUUACGAAUUCUUUGUCAAGGACUUCUUCGAUCAAUGAAAAAUCUCUGACUACUCUUAACUCUGAUGUGGAGUAUAAUAAAAUGUCUGGUUCCCAUUCCUUGAGUAUGCUUGUUCGGGCAAUCCUAUCAGAUAAGAAGCCUGAAGAAGUUCCGAUGUUGGUUGAAUCUGUUUUGAAUAAGGUUGUUGAGGAGUUUGAGCAUCGUAUUGCAAGCCAAAGUGAACAGACAAAAAUAACCACAAGAGAUUCUGUUUCUCAAAGCAACGGGUCUGCAUCAAAGUUUGUUAUGGCAGAUAAAAAGGUGGAGAACAAGAUUCAUGCUCUAACAAAGAAAGAGGAUUGCAUUCAUAAAACCCGUAUUGCUGCUGAGGAAUCACAAAGCCAACUUCUGAAGCAGCAAAUGCUCUCUGAUCAGCAGCAAAGGGAUAUUCAAGACCUAAAACAUACUCUUCACACCACAAAAGCUGGUAUGCAGUUCAUGCAAAUGAAAUUUCAUGAGGAGUUCUACAAUCUUGGCAUGCACAUUCAUGGCUUAGCUCACGCUGCUUCUGGAUAUCAUAGAGUUCUUGAAGAAAAUCGCAAACUAUACAAUCAAGUCCAGGAUCUUAAGGGAAGUAUUAGGGUGUACUGUCGAGUAAGACCCUUCUUUCCUGGACGACCAAACCAUUUGAGCACAGUAGAAAAUAUUGAAGAUGGAACUAUCACAGUUAACAUUCCUUCAAAGAAUGGGAAGGGACGCAGAUCCUUCAACUUCAACAAAGUCUUUGGACCAUCUGCAACCCAAGCGGAAGUCUUCUUUGAUAUGCAGCCACUUCUUAGAUCUGUUCUUGAUGGUUAUAAUGUUUGCAUAUUUGCAUAUGGACAAACAGGAUCAGGAAAAACUUACACUAUGACUGGACCAAAAGAGAUCACAGAGAAAAGCCAAGGCGUAAAUUAUAGGGCUCUCAGUGAUUUGUUUGAUUUAGCAGAUCAAAGAAAGGACACUUUCCACUAUGACGUUUCUGUUCAAAUGAUUGAGAUUUACAAUGAGCAAGUCAGGGAUCUACUGGUCACUGAUGGAACAAACAGAAGAUUAGAAAUUCGUAGUAGUUCUCACAAAGGGCUCAGCGUACCAGAUGCAAGCCUUGUCACUGUUUCAUCAACUACUGAUGUGAUUGAACUAAUGAACCUUGGGCAAAGGAACCGUGCAGUUGGAGCAACAGCCCUUAAUGACCGCAGCAGCCGAUCUCAUAGUUGCUUGACUGUUCAUGUUCAAGGAAGAGAUUUGACAUCUGGAACUAUCCUUCGUGGAUGCUUGCAUUUGGUUGACUUGGCAGGAAGUGAGAGGGUAGAUAAAUCUGAGGCCACAGGAGAUAGGCUAAAAGAGGCACAGCAUAUUAACAAAUCUCUUUCAGCUUUGGGCGAUGUCAUCGCUUCCCUUGCUCAGAAAAACUCACACGUUCCUUACAGAAAUAGUAAACUCACACAAUUACUCCAAGAUUCACUUGGAGGACAGGCUAAAACGCUAAUGUUUGUUCACAUAAGUCCAGAGAUUGAUGCUAUUGGAGAAACAUUUAGUACCUUAAAAUUUGCAGAAAGAGUUGCUACAGUUGAACUUGGCGCUGCUCGAGUAAACAAGGAUGGUGCAGAUGUUAAAGAGCUCAAAGAACAGAUCGCCAGCCUUAAGGCAGCACUUGCAAGAAAGGAAGGGGAAUCAGAAUAUUCUUUAUCCGGCCGCUCUGAAAAAUACAGGAAAAAGGCUGGUGAGGUAUCACCUUAUCAUAUAAACCAUAAUACCCCAUUGAGGCACAAAACUCAAAGCUUUGAUUUUGACGAGAUAUCAGCAAAUUCACCACCCUGGACCCCAGUGAACAGUCUUGGACAAAACCAAGGGGAGGAUGAUAAAGAAACUGGUUCUGGAGAGUGGGUUGAUAAGGUCAUGGUAAACAAGCUAGAUGUAAACAAAACUGAGAACCUCUUGGGAUGUUGGCAAGCAGGCAAUGGGAACUUAUCAGAGGCCUUUUAUCAGAAAUAUCUCCAAGAUUCUUCCAAAGUCUACACAGAACAAUCAUAUAACAUGUUCAUGGGAGGCAACCAGUUUAAUAUUGCAGGUUCAGAUGACAUGGAUGAGCUUGAUGCUGCAACCAGUGAUUCCUCAGAACCUGACUUGCUUUGGCAAUUUAAUCAUUCCAAACUAGCCAGCCUUACCAAUGGAGUUGGAUCCAGGACUAUGGUAUCUGUCUCAAAGACAGCAAAAAGCCCAGAAUUGAGCAAGAAUGCUGCAGUUCAUUCUUCUCUUGGUCCUUCACCUUUAUUGAAACGAUCAAAUAGUGUCUCACAUCGAACUGGAAGGCAUCCAGCUACAGUUGACGUGAAACGUAAAACUGGGAGUAGAAAGUAACCCAUCUUAUUGAAAACGUAAAAGGAGUGAUGCUUUUUUUACAUAUAUAUUUUUUCAUUUUUUUUUUUUCAAUUUUUAAGAUUGAGGGGAGAGAGAGCUUUUGCUAUUAUUUUCCAUUUUUU